AUGGCCAGAUUUACACAGAGUGAAAGCAGAAGGCAUCAGCAGCAGCAACAUCAUCCCCAGCCGCCUCAUCCCGCCCACGUCAACCUGCUUCUACAGCAGCCGCUCUUACUUAUCCCUCAUCAGCAUCAGCUCGAUCACAGCCCGGUUCCGAAGCCCAUGAACGGUCCCGAAAUCGUCUCCAUGCACACAGACAGCGGCGCCAUGAAAGACCAGGACGCCAUCAAGCUCUUCAUUGGACAGAUACCGCGGAACCUCGAUGAAAAAGACCUGAAACCUCUCUUCGAGCAGUUUGGGAAAAUCCACGAAUUGUCUGUUCUGAAAGACCGAUACACAGGCAUGCAUAAAGGUAGCGUUUAUGUCGCCCCUGCGCAUUCCCUUACAGAUGGUCGUUACAUUGUAAUUAGGCUACUGUAUUAUUAAGAUGUAAUUGUCAUCCGUAUGACACGCAAUAGUCAUUCAAUUUGUGUUCCUUUUUGUGAUAGAUUGUCUCUCAUCAUCUAUUCUCUUUCGUGAUGUCUGUAAUGCAAUAAUGUGUUAGCCUACGCACCUUGUACUGAAAAGCCCAUAUGACUUGCAGAAUAAGGUUGGAUAUAGGCUUAACAUUAUGACUGUAAUUUCCCCAUAAUAAUAGCAUAUCUGUUUUAUUUUGGUUACACGCACCCACUACAUUGGGGUUCUUCUCAUCUCGAUGUCUUCUCUCUUUUAGUGCGUAGGACUAGCAUGUUCAUGUGAGUUCAUAUAAGUAAAAUGCAAGUUGGUCUCACAGCUAAAGGCUCGUUACACUUCCCAACACUUUUUUUCUUGCCCUAAUUAUUACACGCCAAUGUUUACAGUUUGCCCCAGCUGCGCGCAUAACAUAGCGUUUAUCCCCGCGCCAUCGCAGUGUCAUGAUGCAAACGAAAAUAGGGAUUAUUUUGCAGAACAUCGGAACGUGAAUUUUACCACGGUCACGUCUUUGCAUCACAUUGCAUAGGCAACGCAUACACGAUCAACAGGAUUUAGGCCUAUGUCAUUCAUAGGCUAGUUGGCCUUUCCUUUUCCAAUAUGGCAAAGUGUGUGGGUGUGUGUGUGUGUGUGUGAGAGAGAGAGAGAGAGAGAGAGAGAGAGAGAGAGAGAGAGAGAGAGAGAGAGAGAGAGAGAGAGAGAGAGAGAGAGAGAGAGAGAGAGCACUUAUGUGAGCAAGCUGCAUUCAUGUGUGUGUCUGUGAGUGUGUGACUAACCCUUGUUGGUCUGUUUUGAUUGACAGGUUGUGCGUUUCUCACCUACUGUGCCAGGGAGUCUGCCAUCAAAGCCCAGAAUGCAUUGCAUGAGCAGAAAACCCUACCUGGGGUGAGUACUCCACCGCCUGAAUACUGCCAGGGUUUUAUAUGGAAUGAGAGAUGGUGUGAAAGCUUUUCCCCAAAUACCUCUGGGAGUUGCCAAUUCCUUUCAGAUUGCGGAGAAUGAGAAAGAGGAUAGAGGAGAGUAG